AUGGAUCCUGAGAAGCCUGUUCUUAGCCUGAUGAAGAGCUUUUUUACUUGUCUCAACCUACAGCCACUCCCAAGCCAGGACUGGUGCAAGAGUGACGAGAGACUCCUCCGGGCUGUGGAGCAGAACGAUGCCGACAAAGUGUCCGCCCUCAUCCUUAAAAAAGGCCUCUGUCCCACCAAGCUGGAUGCUGAGGGCAAGUCUGCGUUCCACCUGUCUGUGUCUCGAGGGCGGAUGGACUGUCUGGAGGUCAUCAUCUCUCACGGGGCAGACCUCGGUGCCACGGACGGUGCCGGUUUCGGCGGCCUUCACCUGGCGGCCAAAAAUGGACAAAGCGAGUGUUUAAAGAGACUUUUACAGGAGAGACUGGAAGUAGAUUGCACCGACACCAUUGGGAGGACGCCCCUCCAUCAUGCAGCGGUCAGCGGCUGUUUGUCCUGUACCGAGAUCCUGUGGGACUUCAAAGCUCAUCUCGACGUCCAGGACGGGGACGGAGCCACCGCCCUCAUCCUUGCAGCCCAGAUGAGCCGAGAGGAGAUGUGUGCCUUUCUGCUGGAGCGAGGUGCCAAGGCAAACAUGCAGGACAAGCAGGGCAGGACCGCGUUGAUGUUGGCCUGCGAGAGCGACAGCGCGGACACGGUGGCGGCCCUGCUGAGGGGCGGGGCUAACACGCAGCUGGUCGACGCCCUCGGGAAGGGAGCGGCCGAAUACGCGGCCGCCAGCCAUCGCAUCGGGCACAUGUUGGAGAAUGGGGCACCCCCAGUAGCUUCUGAGGGUACAGGCGAGGAGAGCCUGCACAACCACUCGGGGUCCUCACAGGGGGGGACCAGCCCACGCAAAAGGAAAGCCCCUCCUCCACCACGCACUCCACUCCAGGGUUUUCCGCCCAGCCCGCACCCGCGUAGUCCCGCUCCCAGCGCCCAGUCGCCUGAGCCCUUCACUCCCUCUCCUCCGCCUCCAGGACCGCAUCAGGUGGAAGACGAGGAGGUGUUUGAGGAGAUCCGUCGUCUACGCCUGGAGAGAGGCCGUCUCCUCCAGAGGAUCAAAGCCUUGGAGCAGCAGCAACAGAGCGCCCUCUCUGCCCUGGGGGAGUUGUCCGCACUCAAGCGGCGCCUGAAGGAGGCAGAGGCGGAGCGGGACAAGUUGAUCGAGGAGCGGAAGGGAGUCAACGGCGUGGACGCCAGCGACUCUGAGGACCUGGACGACAUGUUCUCAGAGAGGUUGCUCUCCAAGCGCUCCAGAGCCUCACCCGGCCCAGACCAGGCCUCCUCGGAAGCAGCCGUGGAAGAAUUGCACAAACAAAUAGAGGAGCUGGCCUCUCAGAACGCUGAGCUGGUCCUCAAAGUGCAGGUGAUGGAGAUGUUUGAGAAGGACGACACCGACAUGCAGAACCCGGGCCCAGAGUUUGUACCCUUAGUCCAGUAUGAGGGCAUCAGGAAGGAGUUGGAGGCCCUGCAGGAGCGCUUGACCCAGGCCCAGACGUCCAAUAGGGCGUCCAGUGUGCCACAGGAACACGCAGAGAGUCGGGAGGUUCUCCAGGAGCAGCUGCAUGGCCUCCAGGAGCAGCUGGCCUCCUCCCAGUCCGAGCUGGAGCAGCUCAAGGAGCAAAUGCAUCUGGGGGUGUUCUCUGUGGACUGUGCCGAAGGAGACCCCAACCCAGAGGCCCGGCAGCUGAAGGCGAGGGUGGCCGAGCUGGAGGAGGAGCUUGCAAAGAGGCGGGCCGAGGCGGUCGCACGGAACUCUCAGGACGCCGACACAAUCCGACAGCUGACGGAGCGAGUCCGGCGACUCGAAGCUGCGGACGGAGACGGAAAAGCUGCCGAGCUGGAGACGGCGGAGGGGGAGGAGCCGUCAGGAGACGCGGGACCGAAGGCAGAGCGGGUCCGUGGCCUCCAGGAGCGUGUGGGGGAGCUGGAGGGCGAGCUGAAGAAGUGUGUGCCGCGCUCCCACCUGGAGGAGGUGCAGGUGGCCCUGGGUCACCAGUGUGAGCAGCUGGCCAGGGAGAGAGCGGAGGUGGCCAGGAGGCUCAACGACGCCCUGCUGGAGCUGGAGAGAGUCAGGCCUCCUGCACAUGGCAAAGAUGAGGAGGAGGAGGAGGAGGAGGAGGAGGAGCACUCUGAAAGCUCCGAGCUCUCCGCCACAUCCCCGCGCUCCAGGCGAACCCUGACCUCAGUCCGAGAGGAACUGGAGGCGGCUCGCCAGGAAGCUGCCCAAGCCCUGGACUGUCUUUGUGCCGAGCGCGAGAGCCGCGCCCGGGACGACCUGCAGCUGAAGGACGCCGUGCCGCUCUCCGUGCACAAGGAGGCGCUGUCCGCCGUGUCGGAGCAGCUGGCUCAGAUCUUACAGGAGCUCCAGCAGGAGAAGACUCUGCGGACGGAGGCGGAGGAGCGUUCGGCCAGACUGGAGGCCAGGCUGGAGGUCAUGCAUGACGCCGUACCGAGGCAGGAGCACCAGAAAGUCAAGGAGGAGCUGGAGCGCUCCCUGCAGGCCAGUGAGAGAAGUGCGGCGGCAGCUGAGGAGGCCCUGAGUGACAAGGAGACGGAGCUGAGGGAGAUGAAGUCCCACAAGGCGGCGGAGCAAGGUCUCAUCUCCCAGGAGGACCACCAGGCCCUGCGCUUGUCCAUGCAGGCCGAGGUCAACGCCAUGAUGGCCCGCUUCAACGAUCUCACGCGCAAACACGAGAAGACCUGCACCGAGGUGUUCCAGGUGCAGAGGGAGGCUCUCUUUCACAAGAGCGAGCGGCAGGUCGCCGAGACGCAGCUGAGCGCCGUGCAGAGGCGCCUUCAAGAGCUGCAGUCCAAGUCCAGCCACGUCCAAGAACUGCACGACAACAUCCAAGAGUCCCAAGGCCUGGUCAAGGAGAAGGACCGCAAGAUCACGGACCUCUCCAAGGAGGUGUUCCGUCUGAAGGAGGCUCUGGGAGCGUUGUCUCCUCCUCUGGGCGUGGUCUCCUCCUCACACGGUAACCCUGGGCAACAGGUGGCGCUGCAGAACAGGCUGGCUAUACUCAACCAGCAGCUCCAGGACUGUGAGAGAAAACACAAGCAUGUGGUGGCUGUGUAUCGCUCCCACUUACUGGCAGCUGUGCAGGGUCGUAUGGACGAAGAGGUGCAAGGUCUGCUGCUGCAGAUCCUGAGGAUGACCCAGCAGGGUCAUUGAGCUGAUUACCAGGUCACCUGACCAAGCAAACACAAGCUGAGGAUGAUCAUCAAGUCAUGCACACGCUGUGCGCCCCCUAGUGGCUGGGAGUAGCAUCA